GCCUCUGCCUCCCAAAGUUCUGGGAUUACAGGCAUGAGCUGCUGUGCCCAGUCUAAAAUUUUUUUGGUAAAGGGAAAAUACAGCAACCUGUUAUAAUAUUCCGGAAUCAAAAAUUUUCUGCUAGAUGAGUAUUUGGGAAAAUGAGUAUUCUGUUCUAAAUUACAAUGCUUUUUCCAAAGUAAUUACUGCUAAUGAGCUCUUGUUUUUUCAUCUUUAGGAUGGUUGAUGCAGAGUAGUACGUAUAGGGGCUGAAAUCAGACUUAGACGCAUGUGAGUUCUUGCAUCUCUGUAAUUUUCUCAUAACUAUUUCAGUGAUCCUUAAUGAGUGGCAUCUUGCCAUGGUGAACUUUAAUGUGAGACCACAGUUCACAGACUGUGACCUUAGGCCAGUUAAUCUUUCUGACCCUCGCUUUCCCUGUUGAUGAAGUGGAAGUAACACUACCUACUUGUAGGGCUGUUAGGAAGUCAGAUGUGUCAACAUCUAUAAAGUGUCUUAGCCGAGUGGUUGGUGCACACAUAGUAAGUGUUCCACAAAUGUUCAUUUCCCUGUAAUUUUGCUAAUCAUUUUGGUGCAAUAUUAUAAAGUCUUGUGUUUUUUGCACCCUCCCCCCCCCUUUAAACUGUUACUGUUUUCUAGGGUUUUUGAGGGGAGCGAUAAAUAUUCUGGGUUUUUAGGAUUUCAAGUGAAAUCAGUUAGCAUACAAUUGCUUUUUCUCUGUAAUGCUGGUUAAUCAUCUUAUUGGAAAUAAAAGAGAGUUUUUUCUUGUGUGUUAGGCAUCAAGCCCAUGAUACUUCUAUUUUCCUUUUGUUUGACUCCUUUGGGUAUUAUAAUUCUAGAAAGUCUAUUUCUAAAAUUACUAUGUGGAAAAAGAAGACUUGCUUUCUUCUGUCACUUUAAUUUGUUAGUGUAAAUGAGCAAAAGUUUAUAAGGGAGUGUUAGUUAACAGUGUAUAAAUUUUAGAUAAUGAUGUAAGUUUAAUUUAUGGAACCUAAUUUUAGAUCUAGUUUUUCUUGAUUUCUAUUUUGUAGCUUUUUGUGGUUGCUUAAUUUUAAUGGACAUCGUCUGAACUAUCUGCCUUUUUAGUUUCCAGUGUGCACAUAUUUUAUGUUUUCAUAUGGGUUAAAUUUUUUAAAUUGUGAAAUAUGUGAGAAUUUAUAUAACAUAUAAAAUGAAGUAAUAAAAAACAACUUAGUAUUUUCUCCCAGCCUAAGAAGUGAGACAGUGCUUAACUAGUACUUUCAAUGCUCGUUGUAUCAUACUGAUUUUUAAAAAAUCUGCUACUUGUAAUACUUACCUACUACUUAUUUUGAAAUUAGAUACAAUUUUUAGUUUAGUGUCAUUAUAAAACAUUGUCACAUUAGAGAACAUAUUGCAUCUGCCAUUUAGUUUAUUAGUUCCUAAAUUAAUCUGAACUUGCCUAUCAUGCUAAUGCAUUCAUUUCAGUCACCGUAUUAACAUUUUGGAUCUCUGUUGAUUAGUUUUUUAAAUUUUUUAAAUUAUUUUUUUACAAAUCGUAGUAUAUCAGUGCUUUAAAUAGGUGACUUCAUUCCUCCCCGCACCCCUGCCUAUGCCCCACCCCUGCCUGUGGGAUACAGACACCAAAAGACUAAGCCUAGUACCUACCUGUAGAAAUUGUCUUGUCCCUGAAGAUAUGCUGUAGAUUAAUUUUGUGCAGUGAUUUUAAAACAAUUGCUUUGUAAGUUUAACUUCAAAAAACCAUGUAAGCUCAAUUCCUGAUUGUUGGUAGACCAUCACAUUGCCUUUGGCAAACUGAGCUGAAAUGUACUGUAAAAGAUUUUGAGGAUUAUGAGAGGUUCCUGUGGUAAAGAUAGAUGUUUGUCAUUAGCAUUUGAUUGUUACUCUGUAGUUUGUGAAUGACUUCAUUUGUGGGAGAAAUGAUGCAAAAUAUACUCUAUUUUCCUCAAAAAAAAAAAAAAAUUGAAAUAUGUCUAGAUGUUUAAACUUCUUUAGGAAGAAAAUCAUAUCUGUAGCUUAUCUGCAAGCACAUUUGGUGUGUGGAUUAUCUGUUUAUUGUUGUAAAAACUCUGACCUCAUACAAACAUUUUUGUUUUUGAAAAGUGACCAGCCUGAAGGAAGGAUAUAUGAAAUAAUCACUAGAGUCUUUAUUUAAAAUAAUCUAAGGUCAAGAUUUCUGGAGUUUAUUGUUACUUAGCAUAUGAUGGUUUGGUUGCUCAAUUUUGUAACUCAUAAGAGAUCUUUUAGGUGGCCUUUCAAAUAAAUAAUGGUUAAUGGAUAAUGUCUCAAAAAGUGUCAGAAAUUUUCAUUCAUAUUUCUUACCUUUAGAUGUUUAAAAUAGUAAUAAAAUAAUCUGCUAAUUGCUAACCAUUUUAAAUAAAGAAUACUGAUAACCUUAAUUGAUUCUGCUUCUUAAAAAGAACUUUUGUGUCAGUAAUAUCUACUUCUAUCAAAAUUGGUGAGGUGUAAGUAGCAUUGUAACAUUUUCUAGGUGAAGAAUAUGAUGUUGGGAGCCUAAAGGAUUUGAUUAUAUAUAUAGUUCAUAACUGGAGAUUGAAUUUAUAUUUCUUUUCCUAUACUUCAUGUCAGAAUUUUAAAGACUGCCCAUUUUAGGGGAAAGAUUAUUAGAAAAUGAUGUCCUUUGAGUAAAGAUACUAUUGAUUCAAUUAUUAUUUUUACAGAGUGAACUAUUCUGAUGCAGUACUCUAGUGUUCCUUCAUCCAUCUAUGCAUAUACCCCCCACAAUUGGAUAUCAGCUGGUGGUAGGACUAGUGUUUAAUGUAGUACCAUAACAGGCAUUUGAAUUGGAAUGGGAGUUCUUCAGGAAUAGAAUCUGGAAUAUAGGUAGUGAUUUCAGACACAGGCAAUUCCUGAUUUAAAAAUAACUCACAUAAACCCCUGUUUCUGAGGUUCUUUUUCAGUGAAGUGUCUACUAUUGCUGCUAUUUGGAGUACAAAGUUGGAGCUUUUAAAGAACCCGGGAGUUCAAAAGUAUAAGGAGAAAUAAAUGAAAAACAGAAAUCUUUUGAGGCUGUAAAUAUAGAUUCAAAUCUAUAUUAUUAUAACACCACUUGGAAUUCUACCAAUAAGAGAUUUAUUUGGGCAAACUAGAAUGGUUGUUGGAAAUUGCAAAUCUUAGUGUUAUUUCAGUCCAGUUGGUUUCUUUCUUUUGCUUACCUGAAAUGAACUAUACUGAGGCAAUAGGAGCUUUGUAUAGUAAUUUAGGAGUGUAAAAUAACUUGUGGAAAAGGAUUAUUAAGCGUUAUGAUUGGGAUGACAUCAUGUGAAGUUUAGGAAUUGGAGGCAUUGGGAAUCGAGAGGGUGCUAACAAAGGAAAACAGCUUAUAUUAGAAUUUGUCUAGAGAAUUGGAGACAUUUUGGUAUCUCUUCUGGAGCAGCCCUGGUGCCCUUGACCAGGAACAUAUCUUGGAGUCAGUAGUUUUCAUGAGACUGGCAUAGGAACAUGGCCACCAUAUGCAACAUUGUUCUAUUUAGAAUAUUCCUUGAAUUAAUUCCACAGUAUCAAUUUAAAAGAUAAAUUUUUGACUUAACUCCUUUAUGGUUAGGUUUUAACCUUUACGUGUCUUUACCUCGUCUGUUGUUAGCAGUUGGUAACCUCAUUACUUUCAUUUUCCUGUAAGUUGUUAUGAAUUUUUCAGGUCAUCCAUGAAUUAUCAGUGUAAGCAAUAAGUAGGAAGUCUUUUAAAACAAUUGCAGUAAAAUAAGAGAAACCACUUGGAGAGCAAGAAGGCUUGUGGACUUAGGGGAGCAGUUGUGAGAAGUGUCUCAGAACUUAAUUUAUAAAUCACAUUGGUAGACUGACAUGUUGCCUUUCCCUGAAAGUAACUUUGAUUACCUCUGCCUUAAUAGUAAACUACCAUAAAAGUGCAUUUGCAUUCAUCUUGAUUUGUGAACUGAUGAAAAUUACAAACUGUAGGGUUUUUUUUCCCCAGAUAAGUUAAAUAGUGGAAUAUUCAGGUUUAUUUGAUACCUAGAAAAAGGCCUGAAAUUUUUGAUAGUAGUAGGCACAUUUUGAAACUGUUUUUAUUUUCUCUGACAAUUGAAUACAUUUUAUGUAUAAUUGAUUUUGAUUAUUGAAGACUAAGGAAAAUUGUUUUUAAGUAAGUUUAAAUGUUAGAAAACGAAUUUUGCACAUUUGAAGUCAUUUUAUCUGUAUGUUUUGGGAUUGUCGUUAUGUUAGAUAUUCCUCAAUUAGGGGUAAUUGUCUUACAUCAUUAUCUCUUAUCAUAAUCUGUUUUUCUUCACACAGUGUUAUAGUUUUGCCGCUGGACUCUUCCCUCCCUUCCCCCACCCCAUCAGGAUGAUAUGAGACUUGAAAGAAGACGAUGCAUACAGGAGGAGAGACUUCAGCAUGCAAACCUUCAUCUGUUCGGCUUGCACCGUCAUUUUCAUUCCAUGCUGCUGGCCUUCAGAUGGCUGGACAGAUGCCCCAUUCACAUCAGUACAGUGACCGUCGCCAGCCAAACAUAAGUGACCAACAGGUUUCUGCCUUAUCGUAUUCUGACCAGAUUCAGCAACCUCUAACUAACCAGGUGAUGCCUGAUAUUGUCAUGUUACAGAGGCGGAUGCCCCAAACCUUCCGUGACCCAGCAACUGCUCCCCUGAGAAAACUCUCUGUUGACUUGAUCAAAACAUACAAGCAUAUUAAUGAGGUUUACUAUGCAAAAAAGAAGCGAAGACACCAACAGGGCCAGGGAGACGAUUCUAGCCAUAAGAAGGAACGGAAGGUCUACAAUGAUGGUUAUGAUGAUGAUAACUAUGAUUAUAUUGUAAAAAACGGAGAAAAGUGGAUGGAUCGUUACGAAAUUGACUCCUUAAUAGGCAAAGGUUCCUUUGGUCAGGUUGUAAAGGCAUAUGAUCGUGUGGAGCAAGAAUGGGUUGCCAUUAAAAUAAUAAAGAACAAGAAGGCUUUUCUGAAUCAAGCCCAGAUAGAAGUGCGACUUCUUGAGCUCAUGAACAAACAUGACACCGAAAUGAAAUACUACAUAGUGCAUUUGAAACGCCACUUUAUGUUUCGAAACCAUCUCUGUUUAGUUUUUGAAAUGCUGUCCUACAACCUCUAUGAUUUGUUGAGAAACACCAAUUUCCGAGGGGUCUCUUUGAACCUGACACGAAAGUUUGCGCAACAGAUGUGCACUGCACUGCUUUUCCUUGCGACUCCAGAACUUAGUAUCAUUCACUGUGACCUAAAACCUGAAAAUAUCCUUCUUUGUAACCCCAAACGCAGUGCAAUUAAGAUCGUUGACUUUGGCAGUUCUUGUCAAUUGGGGCAGAGGAUAUACCAGUAUAUUCAGAGUCGCUUUUACCGGUCUCCAGAGGUGCUACUGGGAAUGCCUUAUGACCUUGCCAUUGACAUGUGGUCCCUCGGGUGUAUUUUGGUUGAAAUGCACACUGGAGAACCUCUGUUCAGUGGUGCCAAUGAGGUAGAUCAGAUGAAUAAAAUAGUGGAAGUUCUGGGUAUUCCACCUGCUCAUAUUCUUGACCAAGCACCAAAAGCAAGAAAGUUCUUUGAGAAGUUGCCAGAUGGCUCUUGGAACUUAAAGAAGACCAAAGAUGGAAAACGGGAGUACAAACCACCAGGAUCCCGUAAACUUCAUAAUAUUCUUGGAGUAGAAACAGGAGGACCUGGUGGGCGGCGUGCUGGGGAGUCAGGUCAUACGGUCGCUGACUACUUGAAGUUCAAAGACCUCAUUUUAAGGAUGCUUGAUUAUGACCCCAAAACACGAAUUCAACCUUAUUAUGCCCUGCAGCACAGUUUCUUCAAGAAAACAGCUGAUGAAGGUACAAAUACAAGUAAUAGUGUGUCUACAAGUCCCGCCAUGGAGCAGUCCCAGUCUUCGGGCACCACCUCCAGCACAUCGUCAAGCUCAGGUGGCUCAUCGGGGACAAGCAACAGUGGGAGAGCCCGGUCAGAUCCGACGCACCAGCAUCGGCACAGCGGCGGGCACUUCACAGCUGCUGUGCAGGCCAUGGACUGUGAGACACACAGUCCCCAGGUGCGUCAGCAAUUUCCUGCUCCUCUUGGUUGGUCAGGCACUGAAGCUCCUACACAGGUCACUGUUGAAACUCAUCCUGUUCAAGAAACCACCUUCCAUGUAGCCCCUCAACAGAAUGCAUUGCAUCAUCACCAUGGAAACAGUUCCCAUCACCAUCACCACCACCACCACCAUCACCACCACCAUGGACAACAAGCCUUGGGUAACCGGACCAGGCCAAGGGUCUACAAUUCUCCAACGAAUAGCUCCUCUACCCAAGAUUCUAUGGAGGUUGGCCACAGUCACCACUCCAUGACAUCCCUGUCUUCCUCAACGACUUCUUCCUCGACAUCUUCCUCCUCUACUGGUAAUCAAGGCAAUCAGGCCUACCAGAAUCGCCCAGUGGCUGCUAAUACCUUGGACUUUGGACAGAAUGGAGCUAUGGACGUUAAUUUGACCGUCUACUCCAAUCCCCGCCAAGAGACUGGCAUAGCUGGACAUCCAACAUACCAGUUUUCUGCUAAUACAGGUCCUGCACAUUACAUGACUGAAGGACAUCUGACAAUGAGGCAAGGGGCCGAUAGAGAAGAGUCCCCCAUGACAGGAGUUUGUGUGCAACAGAGUCCUGUAGCUAGCUCGUGACUACAUUGAAACUUGAGUUUGUUUCUUGUGUGUUUUUAUAGAAGUGGUGUUUUUUUCCAAAAACAAAGUGCAAAGCUGCUUGAAUCAGAAGGAGAUUAACACACUGAACCGCUACAAGAGGGCAAAGCUGACUUUUUUUUUUUUUUUAACUUGAAAAGAUUGCAAAGGGACAUUGAAGUGUUUAAAAGAGCCAUGUCCAAACCCAUCUUCAUGGAUAGCUCAGAGGUAUCCUCUUUUUGCUCCCCCAUUUUAACUUGCCACAUCUAGUCCUAAUGUUUUUUUUUUUUUUUUUUUUUUUUUUUUUUGUCUUUCUAUUCAUCAAAAGUUAAUGUUCAGAUGUUGGUCUUAGUCAUUUGCCAACUAAUUUUAAAAUAAAAGGCACUGCACAUAAUUUGCAUAAAGGGCCCCAUGAGGGUGGGUUUUUUUUUUUUUUUUUUUUUUCCUUUUCCUUUCUGUUUUUCCCCCUUUUUGGCUCUGUUUUGUUUUGGGUGGGAAAUUUGGGUUUUUAAGUCCUCUAAACACACUUGGGCACGGAAAUGCAGUACUGUAAGGAAGAGGGACCUCCAGCUUCCACAAACACCAUCUUCAGCUAUGUGUAUUGAAGUUUGUCAGGCACAGUAAGCAUGCUGAGUGGCGGGGAUCAGAACUCUCCUAUCUGAACCUACUGAGGAGCAAAGCAGCAAUUACAUGGGAUCCUGUGGCUCUCCUGUUGUAGAGGCCACAGGAAGAUAGGAUGGAACAUGACUGGUCUCCUAACCAAGGUGCACUGAGAAGCAAUCAACGGGUCAGUCGUGGCCAGUCCUGGGGAGGUCUGAGUGGUGGUCUUUGGGAUAACCUUUGGCCUUAUGGAUUUGGACUCAAAAUAAGAAGAGCCUACCAUUUCAGAUGCAAUCACUUUUGGACAUGCUUUUGCAGACAGUCCUUAAUGCUGAAAACACAGAGAAUGGGUAAUUCAAGAGGCCUUUCUUUUAAAAUAGACUUUUGUGACCCACUAAUUGUAAGGUAUUGCAAGGUCACUUUGCGUGUGUCAUAAAGUUGACUUUCUUAUUGGUUGAAGGUCACAGAAGUAGUGGUUUGCUUUGAUGGAAAUAGCUACAGCUGUGUCCCUUCCUGCUUUUUACUUUUUCUUUUGCUUUUUCUCGGCACGUGGUAUCUCCACCAUUUCUUCUGCACAAAGAUGUCUUCUGUUCAUCCUGAACAUUUUUAAAAAAUGCAGAAUUUUAUGUGACUGCUUUUUUGCCUCACAAUUAUGCUGUGAAUUUUACAAAAAUUUAUUUUCUUUUUUGAUAAUUUAUUGUACCAAAGCUGUUUUUAUAGCACAUAGAUGUCUGUAACCAAUAAUGUAGCAGUUCUGCACUUUGACACAAGGUGUAACUAGACCAUUUUUAAAUGUCAGUUGAAAAUUAUGGCUGUACUAUUGCUUAAACAAAACUGGAACUGUUGUUGAAUCCAUAGCCAAUACAUUUACAGCAAUCUGUAUACUGAACAUAAUAGAUUGACAUCUAAUUCAAGAUUACAACAUCUGUUACAUUCUAAAUGUGUUCAGGUUUCUGAAGGUAAAGGGACACUGGAUCCAGAAGCUAUGGAACCAGCAGUUGAUUCUUGUAUUCCUGAUUAACCUACUUGUAAACUUGAAAGCAAGACCUUGAUUGCACCAACAGGUCCAGAGUAUGAGCUCAAGUAAAGCAGAACUCUCAUGCGUGACCUGAGCAGACAGGCUGGUAUUUAACAGGUGCCUCGUGUUGAGAUAAUGCUGCCUUAAUGUAACACAGUCUGGCAGUUGCUAAAUUUGUGUUCCCAUUUUAAAUUGACCAAUUUUGGGGUGUUAUACUUUUGAGCGGUUGAAUUGGGAGAAUGAAGAUAAGUAAUUUAUCUGCCCAGGAUCAAAAGAAGCCUAGAAAAGAAGCAGUAAUCUACCUCUGCCGAUAACCCUGUUUAAGACGACUCAGUAGAACACCACGUUUCUUUUUAUUGGUCAAUUCCAUGUGGCUGACUAGGUCAAUUUUUUUUUUUUCCUGAACAAAAGCAGGUUUUUAUAUGUAAACAGUGACAAAAGAAAGGCUAAACACUAUGUAAAUGUGAAUGGACACUUGGAAAUAUUAGUUUUUAUAAACCACAAACAUUUUUUGUUGUUAAUCAGGAAAUCCAUAUUUAUUUUGUAAUUAAAUGUCAAGCCUGUGGAUGAUUUUUUUGAACUUGAUAGUUCAUAAAGGUUUACAGUGAAUAAAAGGAUAUCAUCUUGAGUAUAGCAAUAUCAAAAGGAAUUCAGUAGUUACUGCUGUUUAGGAAUAUAAGGUUAAGAUAUCAUAUGGGUCAGAUAUCAUUUUUUUUUUCUGUGCUGGUUGCCACAUCUUAGCAAGCACCAAAAAACUAAAGCAGUUUUAAAAACCAAUAUUUACAUAAAGAAAAUCAUAAAAUCCAAUGCUUCUGCAUACUGUGUUAUGUUACAGUCCAGUUUUGUGUGCUUUACUACACAGUUUGGUUACAGGACUUCUGUGCAUUGUAAACAUAAACAGCAUGGAAAAGGUUAAAUACCUGUGUUCAGAUUGUAAGAUCUAGUCCGGACUUGCUGUGUAUAUUGUAACGUUAAAUGAAAAAAGAACCCCCUUUGUAUUAUAGUCAUGCGGUCUUAUGUAUGAUAAACAGUUGAAUAAUUUGUCCUCAGA